AAAUUGAGCCAAGAAGAUGGGAAAGAACGGGGAUCGAACUCGCCGGUCCUUAGCAGCGGAGCUUCUGGAAACGCCGCCGUUAACGCCUCCUUCGGCCACCGAUUCUCCAAAGUCAGCGAUCUUCAGCAGAAAAAUUAACGGCAACGUAAGCAAGUUUCCGUCACCGGAGAAUACCAACACUGCGAAAAACAGAGUCGCCGCUGGUCUCUUUAAGUCGUCUUCUCGAAAUAUUUCGAGCUUGAGUACUAUAUCUGAUCUCAAGGAUCUUGCGUCUUCACAGUUACACGAUCUCAAGCGCCUCUUUGAUCACUCUCACUCACAAAUCGUUGAAGACCUUGAAUCCUCAAACUCGCGCCUCCAAAAGCGAUUCAAGAUUCAAAGUCAAGCAUGCCAGAAAAUGAUGGAUGAAGCAGAGGAGUACAAGAAGAUGUCUCAAAGAAUUUAUGAAAGUCAGGAAGCAAUGAAGGCUUCAUAUGAAGAGUUUUUGGCACAUGAACAGGAUAGUACAUAUCGGGAUUGCAAAACAUCCAUAACUGAAGUCUCGCAGUCCUUUGAGAGAUCAACUGAUGCUCUUCGCAGCCGUUUUGGGAUCCCGUCUACCUAAUCACUACCAAUUGGCAGCAGCUUUAUGGUGACGUUGGUGAGUCUACUAAUCUAACAUAAGUACAACAUGUUCAGAAUGGCAACAUCACAAAGUAAGAACAGGCACUAGAUGACAAAUGAUGGUUCGUUUCCUCAUUUCCUUGCUUUUCACCGAUCAAAGCAUGUUGUUCUUAUUGAAAUUAACUAAUAUAGUUUGUGGCUCUAAUAUCUUAGAAGUGCCUUUUUUCCGGAAGCAAAUAUAUUUCUUAAAAGUUACAUU